AUGCGCGACCACAGAAGGACAUGUAAUUGCAGAAACAAGAACCUUUGCCCUCUUGAUGGAAAAUGUCUCACAAAUAAUGUCAUCUGUUAUGAAGCAAGAGUGUAGCGUGAUUGUGAGAUGGCGUGAUUUUAUUCCUUUGAUUUUGUUAUUAAUAGUUUCACUCGUCUGUCAGAGCGACAGAGAACUUGAUGACAGAUCGCAUUAAAAUCUAAAGCUUAUAGAUUCAAGAAAGUCACGAUUUUGUGUAGUGUGUGAGCGAGCCGUUGUACUGUGAGGAUCGAAGCUGUCAAAUAAACCCUGUUUUACUUUAAAACUGUGAUAUCGUGAAGAACGGCCCUUCGGCAUUCACGACAAAGUGGCACCUCCGACGGGACAGAGAGAAUAAUGAGACGCUUAUCGGAAAACUGAAAGCAAAACUACAGCUUUUGGAGCUCACCCAAGAGAAGAGAGAGGGUAUUAUUAGUACCGGGAUCACCGAGAAAAUUCGUCGACACAAAGAAGCUUUACAGAGCAUUGUUAUCGGCGCGGAAGAAAUAAAGAGAGAGGUCGAACAAGCCAAGCUUGAAGGUGGGGAGGCCUUAGACGAAGUUAAAGAAUGGGGGAAAGAAUUCGAAUUGAAAGUCGACGCCGCAGAUACGAAGGUCACCUUACUCGAAGAGCGUGUGAAACGAAUGGUGGCUGAAGCGGAGAAUGAAGAAAGAGAAACGAAGGAGACCCUGUUGGCCUGCCAGCGUGAAGAACAAUUAAAGUUCGAAAGACAGCAACUGGAGCAGAAGGCAGAGUUCAAAAAGGAAAAGGUUGCCUCUCCGAGUAAACAGAAUGUCAAACUUCUGAAGCUUGUCAUCACGAAGUACAAUGGAGCUCUUGAGAACUGGUUGGCAUUUUGGAACAAAUUUGAGGCGGAGAUUGACAAGACGGAUCUACCAGCAGUCACGAAAUUUGCCUAUCUCAAGGAGCUAGUAGAGCCACGCGUUCGUAAAGGAAUAGAUGGCCUUCCCUUCACUACAGAGGGAUAUGAGCGCGCAAAAAGUAUUUUGAAGAGUAAUUAUGGGAAGAUGAGCGAGAUCGUGAACGCAUAUAUUGAAAACAUUCUUGCGCUUCCAUUCAUUUCCGGAACUCAACCGGCCAAAGUACACGACUUCUAUGAAGCUUUGCUCUACAAUGUUCAGUCGCUUGAAACAUUAGGAAAAACCUCUGAAUGCGUGGCAUUGGUGCGUGGUAUUUUGAAUGAAUUGCCCGGAAUUAAAUCUGAAUUAGUACAGGGUCACCCAGAAUGGCAGUCGUGGAAUUUCACGCAAUUGCUUAACGUGCUUCGUGAAUGGAGGGAAAUCCAUCCCCGAGAAAAUGUGAAGUCACGCGACACCUUAAGAAGUUUUCAUGUGGAGGAACGCAACGGAAAUGCGACACGUGGUUGUGUUUACUGCUGUGGAGUAUCGCACAAAGCUAAAGAUUGUACCACCAUUACUAGCGUUGAAGAUCGUAGGAAAUAUCUGCAGGAGAAAAGGCUGUGCUUCAAUUGUACUGGGCCGCAUAGAGCAACCAAUUGUCGGAGAUGAGGAAACUGCGCGAAUUGCAAGGAGAGGCACCACACCUCAAUCUGCGACCAAAAUAGCCAACUAUCAAGUGAGGGGACAGCAAUGACAGCCGCACACGUGGGGGAGAAAGUUUGCCAUCCAGUUGUCGUUGUUAAAGUCAACGGAGUCAAAUGCCGCGCAUUGCUCGAUACUGGCGCUACUGGAACCUACAUUUCAGCUUUGUUGGAGGAUCUUUUGAAAGCUAAACUAGCUCGGACCCUUAUGCACGGUAUCAAGACGAUGAUGGGCCUGGUUACCAAGCGCAUUGAGACUUAUGAUGUUAACAUCAGUGACACUUAAGGAAGGUUUACGCUGCCAGUCUGCACUACGAAGAUUGAACAACGAGAACUUUUAUCGCUAGAGAACCCUAACUAUCCAGAAAUGCUGAAACGUUAUUCACAUCUUAAGGGAGUGCAAAUGGAAGAAACUGACACUAAGAAAAUUCUCCCCAUCCAUGUUAUACUUGGCGCUAAUGAGUACACAAAAAUCAAGAUGGCUGGUUAUCAACGUGUAGGAGAAAUUGGAGAGCCCAUUGCUGAACAAACCAGGUUCGGCUGGACAAUAAUGUCUUCUGGUGCUGAGGUGGAUAUUGAAAACAUGUUCCUCACACAGACAUCAGCUGCCGACUAUGAACAAUUGUGCCGCUUGGAUGUCCUUGGGUUGGAAGACACGCCCAUUGGUGACCAGAGAGUCGUGCACCAGGAGUUCCUUGAACAACUAAAAUGCUGUCCAGAGGGGUGGUACGAAACAGCUCUCCCAUGGAAAGGAAACCAUCCCCCCUUGCCAGACAAUAAGUUGGGUAGCCUCAAACGCCUUGCAACCCUUUUACAUCGAAUUAAACGAAACGGCAAGUUAGAAGAGUAUGAUACUAUAAUCCGUGAGCAGCUUGAAGAGGGGGUUGUAGAGGAAGCAGAAAUGCCCGCUAAAGGAAAAGAAUUUUACAUUCCCCAUAAGGCUGUAAUUAGAGAGAAUGCAGCAACCACGAAGAUGCGUAUUGUUUACGAUGCCUCUGCUACAGCCAAGGAUACAGCUCCUUCCCUUAACGAGUGUCUAGAGACAGGACUGCCCUUACAAAACCAGAUUUGGAGAGUGCUGGUCCACGGAAGAUUUCAUGCAGUAGCAAUAGCAGAAGACAUUAGAAAGGCGUUCCUUCAAGUGCGCAUCCGUGAAGAAGACAGAGACGCCUUGAGAUUUCAUUGGAUUGACAGAGAGAAUCCCGAGAAAGUACGUACGCUGCGUUUUACGCGUGCCUUGUUUGGUCUGGGCCCAUCACCCUUUCUUCUUGGGGGCGUCAUUCAGCAUCACCUCGAAAUUUGUAAGCCGGAUUAUCCCGAGACAGUACCAGAGAUUGAGAGGGGAUUGUACGUGGAUGACCUACCGACAGGCGGUCCUACAGUUGAAAAGGCGCAACAAGUCAAGAAGACUGCAACAGAAAUAUUUGCAAAGGCCACCUUCACUUUACAAAAAUGGAACUCAAACGCUAGAGAGCUAGAAUUAACCGAAGCAACUGACAGUGAAGUUGGGCUUACUUACGCUAAAGAACAGCUAGGAGAGAUACCAGGCACGUGUGGCCUUCUGGGAUUGCGAUGGAAUAAAGAAGAUGACAAAAUAGCUGUAACCUUCCCUACAGAGAUUGCUGACCCUACCAAAAGAGGUUUGCUUUGCAAAAUUGCGAAGAUCUACGACCCGAUCGGUCUUGCUGCGCCUGUAACCCUACAAGGAAAGAUUGUUUAUCGCGAUAUAUGCAAGGAAAAGACCGCAUGGGACGCAGAGAUUCCAUUACAAAUCGCAAAGAAGUGGAGCAAGUGGGAAAAUAACCUGCCUGAUCAAGUUGAAGUGCCUAGGUCCUUAGCUGUAGCCGGAGAAAAAAUCCGUGAAAUUACUCUUCAUGCCUUUGGUGAUGCAAGUGGACAGGGAUUAGCAGGAGCUGUUUAUGCAGUGGUCCAGCAACAUUCAGUGGUGAAGCAGGGACUCCUCGCAGUGAAGGCACGCAUCGCCAAAGAAGGUCUCACUAUCCCCAGACUUGAGUUAGUGGCUGGUCAUAUGGCGGCUAACUUGCUAACUAAUGUACGAGAUGCGCUGAUCGGGUUUCCAGUUAAGUCCUUGUACGCAUGGCUAGACAGUAGUGUCGCCCUACACUGGAUAAGGGGCUCCGGGGAAUAUAAGCAGUUUGUCAGCAACCGCGUCCGCAAGAUCAGAGAGAAAACUGAAAUCACAUGGAGGCAUGUACCGAGCCAAGAAAACCCUUCAGACUUAGCAAGUAGAGGAGGAGUAGUAAAGGAAGAUAACUCGUUGUGGUGGAAUGGUCUGACAUGGUUGAAGGAACAAGACAGCUGGCCGCCGGACAUCAUAACGGUUGCAAGCCCAGAAUCUAACGCAGAAGCGAAAGCCUCCAAGCAGAUUUUUGCCUUAGCAGUAGAAAGCAACGAUGUUAUGGACGAACUGUUACUAAGAUCAUCCUUUUGGCGCACAUUGAGAGUGGGGGCGUGGGUCGCACGAUUCCUGCGCAAAAGCAAAUCCCCAAGAAAUCAGAGAAUCAAAGGUCCAUUGACUACCGAGGAAAUUAACAAGCAGAGGUUGUUCUGGGAGAAGAAGACUCAAAAACAGUGGAAGGGAUCUGAUCAAUUCCAGGAAGACCAGUUAAGACCUGCAGCCAAACCGAAAGGAGGUUCUCGAGUGCCGUGGAAGAAUCCAGGGAAACUAUCCCGUCUAUCUCCCUGAUAGUGCUCUCUACACCCUGAAGUUCGUACAACGCGCUCAUGAGAUUACUCUUCAUGGGGUAGUAGGACUAACCAUGGCCAAAGUGCGAGAGUCCCAUUGGAUACCACGGUUGCGCAAACUUAUUAAACGAGUAAUCAAGCAAUGUUACGGAUGCAAACGGUUUCAGAUCGCUGCGUUCGCCAAUCCACCUCAAGGAAAUUUACCUCGUGACCGCACUGAAGGAAAUUCACCAUUUCAAGUAGUUGGUGUUGACUACGCCGGUCCCAUCAAGUACCGCACAAGCAAAAACAGAGAAGGGAAAGCCUAUAUAGUCCUGUACGCCUGUAGCCUGACACGAGCACUUUACCUAGAAAACCAAAACCUUGGAGACUAACGAGUUCAUCAGCACCCUUAAGCGCCUGAUAGCCAGAAAGGGCCGUCCAGAGAAAAUCUAUUCCGAGAACGGUAAAUCGUUCGUGGCAGCAGCGAAGUGGCUGAGAAACGUGAUGAAAGAUGAGCGCCUGCAUAACUUCCUAGCCAAAGUCGACGUCAAGUGGCAGUUCAACCUGUCCAGAGCACCCUGGUGGGGAGGUCAAUUUGAGAGGAUAGUUGGUCUUGUCAAAAGAGCCUUUAACAAGACAGUGGGAAACGGUAUGCUUACCUGGAGCGAGCUACAGGAUGUUCUUCUGGACGUUGAAGUUACCAUGAAUAACCGCCCGCUGAGCUACGUUGAAGAGGACAUUCAAUUACCCAUAUUGACCCCCAACCUGUUGCAGUUUGGCCGCCCGAAUCUAUUGCCUGAAACACAGAGCCAUCACUUGGAGAACCAAGACCUGAGAAAGCGUGCACGGUACCUGAAGAAAAUGUAAAGACGUACUAUGGGGGAGGUGGUCUUCAGAAUACCUACGAGGCUUGCGUGAGCAGCACAAUUUAAAGCACAAAGGAAGUAAGGUGGCCCUAGCUAAGGGAGAUGUUGUCAUCAUUAAAGGCGAAGAAAAGAACCGUGGAUUGUGGAAGCUAGGAAUAGUCGAAGAGCUGAUUACUGGACGAGACGGAGUUGUCAGAGGGGCUAAACUGCGAGCGGGAAGAUCUUAUCUGGAGAGACCUGUCCAACACCUUUAUCCAAUGGAGCUGUCCUGUGACAGGACAACAGCUAUGCCGAGAGCCACCCUCAGCGCUGAAGCACCAGUCUUCAGGCCGUCAAGAGACGCUGCUGUGGCAGCACGUGCCAGGAUAAAGGACGCUGCCGAACUUACUGAUGAUGACUACUGAUCUUUGAACAUUUCUAUUAGAGACAUUGCAACUAUGAUUAGAAAAAUCGAAUUGUUCAUCACUAUUCGCGAUGAACAGGGGGAGAGUGUUAUGAAGCAAGAGUGUAGCGUGAUUGCGAGAUGGCGUGAUUUUAUUUCUUUGAUUUUGUUAUUAAUAGUUUCACUCGUCUGUCAGAGCGACAGAGAACUUGAUGACAGAUCGCAUUAAAAUCUAAAGCUUAUAGAUUCAAGAAAAGUCACGAUUUUGUGUAGUGUGUGAGCGAGCCGUUGUACCGUGAGGAUCGAAGCUGUCAAAUAAACCCUAUUUUACUUUAAAACUGUGAUAUCGUGAAGAACGGCCCUUCGGCAUUCACGACAUCAUCUACAAAGUGACAGUCACGACAGCACCCAGAAAUACGAGUAACUACAUCGGCAUGGUGGAAAAUGACUUCAAAACAAGAUUCAACAACCACAAACUCUCUUUUAGAAACCAAAACCACUCACAUGACACAGUUCUUUCAAAAUACAUCUGGGAACUCAAGAACAAUGACACGACAUAUGAUAUCAAGUGGUGUAUCAUCAAGAUGGCAAACGCCUACAAGGGAAACCCGUCAUGCUGC